AUGUCGAGAUACGCUUAUUGCUGCUCAUCAGAACCUGAGCCUACAACAAUGAACAUAAACAAUCCCAACCUCAAUCCACGCGCCCCUUACGUUCCUAAACUGCAACUGUUUGAAACAACUGAUGAAAAACUGCUUCCUCAAAUCUGUGCUCAAUAUAAUGGCCUUGCGGGACCUUUGCUCUCAUUUUCUCCAUUUUCAAGCUCAAAAUUUGUUGAACCACAAAGCCAAACUCGACUCUCAAAUGAUAUAUCUUGGCCUUCUCCUUCAGUUGCGGAUGAUUGGGAUGUUAAACCUGAUAACAAACCGCCAGUUCUUGAAGGAAUUGCAGCGGUUGUUGGAGAGCAUGUUCUUUAUGGGAAUAGCAACAUUAACAAAUACCCUGCAUGCAAUGGAAGCUCUGACGGAUCAGAGAAGUUGUUCAGGCCUGGGGUUGAGAAGGGAAGACUUGGAGGAGGAGUUGGUGGAGUGCAAAAGAACUAUAGAGGUGUAAGGAAGAGGCCGUGGGGAAGGUGGUCAGCUGAGAUACGUGACCGUAUAGGGCGGUGCCGCCACUGGCUGGGAACCUUUGAUACUGCUGAGGAGGCUGCUCGUGCCUAUGAUGCUGCCGCUAGGAGGCUGAGAGGUUCAAAAGCUAGGACCAAUUUUCAAAUUCCACCUGUUUUGCCUUUGCCCUCACCAACCUCCUCGUCUUCAUCUUUUGAAGUCAAGAAAACAAGGGCAAAUCAUGCUAGGCGGAAGAUGAACAAAAGUCAGAAGUGUGCUGUUGUGACUUCCGUUGCUCAUCUUUUCAGCCGUAAUCCGGCUAAUGAAGCUAAAGGGAGUGUGAACUUGGAGCUGGACUUGAAAUUGGGUGACAGUUUUAGUAACAAAACUAGGGCUUCUUCCAUGGUUGUUUAG